AACUGAUUUCCAUUCAAACACAAAUGGUUUAAACCAAUACAAAUAUGCACUAUAAGCCAUGGCAUAUUGACUUAUUAGCUGUGUUUAGAUCUGAUAGAAAGAUGUCCAAAACUCGAUCUAAGCCAGCCACCUUCAAUGUGGGUGAUGAAGUAGCUGCUAAGUGGUCUGGAAGUAACCAGUUCUAUAAAGCUACUAUUGUGAGAAAACAUGACAUAAAUUAUGAUGUUCAAUACGAAGAUGGGACAGUCGACACAGUUGAACUAGCUGGUAUUAAGAAACAAGAAACUCCAACAAAGGCUAGACGCUCACCAGCUAGAAGGCAGACUACUCGCAAAUCACAGAGCCGUAGCAGCAGCAGGAGUCGUCAAGGUCGUAGUAGCAGUAGAAAACGCCCAAGUAAAGAGCAAGAUAGCAAGGUUAGAGGAUGCCAGAGUCAAUCUCCAUCAAGGACAAAAACGAAAAAUGAAGCAGUGCCUAUUAAUAAAGUUGAGGAAAAUAAAGAUCAGUUUUCUAAAAGUCUUUCUGAAGAUUUAAAAAAACAGAUUCAAAUCCCAAAACUCCAAGUGGAAGAAAUGUUUACAAAAUCAUCCAAAUUAGUUACACAGCAGAGUCAUCAGGAAACUUCAGAAGUUUUCAAGAGUGUUUCUACUUCAAAAGUAAGCAAGUCAGAUGACGAGAAUGAAAAAGAAGAGGUGAAGUCAAAAUUUAAGAUGGGUGGCCCUAUUGGUGCAUUUGUUCAAAUGCUCUUUUUACCAGCUCUGAUUGUGUAUGUCCACUUAACAUGCACUAAAGACUCCUGUUCAUUGCUAAAAAUUCCUUUGGUACCUCAAACCCUGUCUGACUAUGUUGGCAAGGAGACAAUGCUGAUCUACAUAGUAUGGGUUAUAUUUCAAGCUCUUCUAGCAUGUUUUCCCAUUGGAAAGGUUAUUCGAGGUAUACCCAUUACUGGGAAGAAAACUUCUCAAAUUCUGAAGUAUCGGAUGAAUGGUUUUGCUUCAUUUAUAACAAGCCUGCUUGUGCUUCCUGUACUAAUGCAUUUUGGAUUUCCACUGACAUUUGUAUAUUCUAAUUUUUUUAAGCUCAUGAUUGCCUCUAUCAUCUUUUCAUUUGUGUUUGCUGUGAUGAUAUAUAUCAAAUCAUUAAGACUUCCAAUAUACAGUAUCAAUCCUGAAGCUAGGUCAGGCUGUCCGCAGUAUGAUUUUUUUGUGGGUCGAGAAAUUCAUCCAAGAAUUGGGAAAAUGUUCGACUUGAAGUGUUUUGUUCUCAAUGCAGGCAUGAUCUCAUGGGCUAUAUUAGUUGUCUCUUUAGUAUAUAAGACAUUUGUGGAUAAAGGAUCUCUCAACCAUCCAAUUAUUCUGGUUGCAUCUUGCCAACUAAUAUAUAUUGCAAAUCAUUUUUGGCAUAACGAACAUUAUCUAAGUUCAGCAACCAUCCAAUAUGAAGGAGUAGGCCUAAUGAUGAUUAUGGGAUUUUUUACCUGGUUACCAUUCUUCUACUGUAUUCCAGUCAUGUAUUUGGUCAACUAUCCACAGUACAUUACAGAUUACUGUCUUGGUGGAAUAGCUGCUCUUUUUGGUUUGGGUCUAUACAUGUAUGGUCAGUCCAACAGAGAAAAGUAUAUGUUCAGAAGAAAUCCACAUGGGCCCUCUGUUGCCCAUCUGGAAUCAAUUCCAACCAUGAAAGGAAAACGACUUUUGUCAUCUGGUUGGUGGGGCUUUGUUCGUCAUCCAAAUUAUCUGGGAGAUAUUAUAAUCUUCAUAUCCUGGACUUUACCAUGUGGUUUUCAUCACUUUUUCCCUUACCUGCCAGUUUUGUUUGUCAUAAUAUUUUUGGUGGGCCAGAUAAUGAAGUCUGAAGCUGGCUGUAAAGCUCGUUAUGGUGCAUCUUGGGACCGGUAUACCUCUCAUGUCCAGUAUCGCCUGCUUCCUAAAAUAUUUUAAUAACAUUUUCAAAUGAUAGUGCCUUGCCAUAGUAUGGCUGUGACAUGAAUAAUAACCAACAUUAUGUUACUUUGCAUGCGCUGUGUAAACUUUAUUGAGCAAUAUCUGAGUUUUAUGCCCAUUUUAGAUUUUUAUUUGGGCAAGGAUUUAGGUUUCUGAUGCAGUUUAGUUCAACAUUAUGGUUUUUCAGUUGUUUAAUGUCCAAAACCAAAGAAUAAUAUCUUCAAGUAUGUUUAAAGAUCAUACACUUUAUCGAGCAGGAUUAUCUACUAUUUUUGUGAUUUGUGUUUCUUGUGUCAUUAAGAUGGUUACUUUGGAUAAACGUACAUACACCUGUGUAUGCUAAUGUAUAUAGCUGUAAAAAUACCAGAUUUAGUUUCCAUGUAAAAACAAGCAUCUGUAUUGUCAUUACAGAAAAAUAUGUGAGGCUAUUCAUCUCAAAGCAAAUGUUUUUCACUUGUGCAUGUAUAAUUUAUGAUAUGAAAAUAUCUUGUCAAAAAACAAUAUCAUGUCACUGUCAAGACUGCAGUUUUUAAACCAAUAAACAGAUCUCAUCCUACCCACAUCCACAAUAAAACAUGGAAUCCAGUGGAGCUUACUUAAAAGGCAACCUAGUUUGUUUUUCAAAUACUUUAUUCUGUCAUUAUAAAAAUGUAUUUGAAGCUUUCCAAUUAGAUUGAUAAUUAAGAUUAUUUUUAUCUUGUGCUUACAUAGAUUUUAACAUACUAUGCAACAAAAACUAUACCAUGACCUGAGAGUACUGCAUUUUGGAGCAGUGUCAUCACUUACAAGCCUGUUCAUGUUGAGGAUAGAGACUGUCAAUCAGUGAAACUUAUUUUUCAAUUGGUUUAGUUUUAACUUUACACACCUGACUAUUUCUCCUUAUUGAAGUGUAUUAAAGAAAAUAUCUAUGCUAUAAACUUUCUCAUAAUUUAUUAUUGUUUUUGGAACUUGAGGAGUUAACUAGAUUAGUUGUUUUUGGUAAGAGUAAUUUAUUAUUUUUCUUGGGGUUUAUAUUUUGGAGAUAAGAGCCAUGUAUAAAUAUCAGAUUUUACUUUAAGUUAUGAAAGUAUAGGAUGUGGUCCUUUUUUUCUCUUUGACCUUUCUGUCAUAAUCUGUAAGAAAGUUAAGCAUAUUUUAAAAAUUAAUUUGCAUGAAACUACUGAAUUCUAGUUCUUCUCUCAACCAGAUUUCAAAAGCAAAGUGUGCAAAAUAUAAUUCUUCCAUCAGUAUGCUCUAAAGGUUAUGGCAACUUUUCUUCUUACAGAUUGGAUCAUGUGGAUGUUUCAGUGCUUUUCUAUCCAUAUUUGAAGAUCCAUUAAUUUUUUGUCUGACAUAUAGUCUUGUGUGUUAGUACAUACUAUUAAAAUAGGUUGAUCCUGAGAUUUAAAAAAAGAAAAGAAAAAGCUAGAUUUAAUGGUAAUAAAAUCUAGGAAACUUUAAUUUGAUACAUUUUGGGCCUAAACAUUUCUUCAGGUGAUGUCUGAUAUUUGGAUAUUCAUUUGUAUUUUAACACAGUUCUGUCAAUUUUUCAUGCUAUAUAUCAACAUGAAAUUAUUUUCUAUUUAUCAGUCCAGUGUUGUGGGUUAAUCAGAAACCUAUGUUUGUUUAUUGUGAAAUUAUUUUCAUACUGUAGGGCAGGGUUUCCCAACUUUUUUGCUCUUUCGGAGUGCUUUUAAUGGAAAACAUUAUUUGCGGAGCAAUAUCAUAUGUAAAUUCUUAAACAAACCUUAAGGAUUAGGAAAAGUAAAAAAGAAAUGCAUGAAAACAAUGACCUUUAUUGAAUAAUUUCAAAUAAAAGACAAAAGGAACUACUUUUUUGGCACAAUUUAGUGGCUCACUUGUGGUUGCUUCGUACUGCAAGUUUUUUCAAUAUCAGGAGUUAUUGAUGUUAUCUGUAAACGGA